GUGAUGUCAGGUUGUUUUGGCGGCUAGUGGCAUAACUAUAAAAAGGAAACUCAAGAGUUCUACUGAGGUAAGCAACCUAACGCAGCACUGAAAGACACCAAUCUGGAAAGUGCUGAGACUAUUCUUCAGGAUUUUCUCAAAAGUCUUUGUGGAAUUCGUGUAUCUGCGUCAAUAUGUCGACAUUCCUCUUCGUACAUAGAUAUUGUCGUUGAAAGUUAAAAAGCCUUCGUUAUUUUAAUACAUAAUACAACUUCUGCGUUAAGGCUACGUUUCGUCAUUGGUACCGUGGUUGACUUCGUAUGCAUGUUACAAGUGCAUAAAAUGUUCUUGUUUGUUGAUUGCUUCCUCUGUCAGAUCUAUCGUCUCUUUUCUUGUAUUGCGAAAAUUCAUGUUUGUUCUUGUUUGUUCUCUUGAGUGAAUUAGAGGUAUGUUUUGAGUGUCUUAUAUAUAUGGAGUGUCUUGGAAAAAGGAGUUUCGAUCCAAGCAAAGGGGAAAAGUGCUGGCUUCAUGAGGCUUCAAUGCAGCGUUAAUCGCUGAAUCCGGACCAAGCAAGUGAGAUAGAUAGAGAUGAUGAGCAAACCAGUUUCGCAGCUGCUGCUAAUGGAUGAGAAGAUAUAUGUUGCAGUGGGGAGGGACUUGGGGAACAAGUCCACUCUUGUUUGGGCGAUACAGAACACUGGAGGUAAGGAGUUCUGUAUCGUCCACGUUCACCAGCCGCUCUACAGACAAGACAAGGAAAAGACACAAAAGAUCCUCGACAAGUACCUUCAAUUAUGCAGGCGACUGCAUGUCCGUGGAGAGAAGAUACUCAUUGAAAAUGACUCGGUAGAAAAGGGGAUCAUCCAAUUGAUCUCAGAGCGCAAUGUCAAGAAGCUUGUCAUGGGAGCUGCAUCAGACGGACACUAUUCAAUGAGGAUGGCGGAUCUGUUGUCCAUGAAAGCCAUUUACAUUCGUCAAGAAGCUCCUUCUACAUGUUGUAUAUGGUUUACUUGCAAAGGAUACCUGGUAUAUACGAGGGAAGCUAUCACGGGUAAUACCGCUCUAGAGUAUGCAUCUACAAGUUCCAAUCAAGGUUCAGUCCAUUCACGAGGAUCUGUUAGACCUCCGGGCCAAUUUACGAUAUCUAGAGGAAAUGGAAAUGUGUAUCAGUUAGCUGUCUUUGAAGCUGAGAAAUCGAACAAGGAAGCAAGCUUGGAGGCUUUGAAGCAUCAGGAAGCUGAAAAAGAGAAAAAUGAAGCAGUCAAAAGGGCUAAAGAAUGGGAAAGUGCCUAUCAAGAGGAGCUGAAACGUAGGAGAGAAGCAGAGAUGGAGCUGAAGAAAGCGAGAGAAACACUCGGGAAGAUGAGGUAUGUAUCUGAGAACCGGAUAACCGAGUCCUAUAUGUUGGUACAAAAGCUGCAAGACAGGUAUAACUUGGCAACGAAAGUGUUGAGAAAAGCCAAGGAAGAACGUGAUGAAUUGAUAAAAGGACGUGACAUAGCAAUUAUAGAAGCACAGGAGCUGAAGAGAAUCCAUGAGAAGGUCUCUCAAUCUGAUGAGCACCGUGAAGCUCCUCAGUACUUCAUCUGUCCCAUUUCACUGGAAGUGAUGGAUGAUCCACAACUGGCAGCAGAUGGAUUUACAUAUGAAGCAGAAGCCAUAAGAACAUGGCUUGAGAGUGGACAUGAGACUUCACCAAUGACGAACAAGAAGCUUCUGCAUACAAACUUAGUUCCAAAUCUUGCUCUUCGAUCUGCUAUCCAGGAAUGGCUUCACGCAUCAUCCUCUUCCCGAAAGUGAUUAAGAAAAAAAAUUUUUAUUCUUCAGUAUUUGCUUCAUUGAACUCGUCUACUUGUAAUGUAUAUAAAACUCAUGUAAUUUGAAAGACCUUUUCUUUCUUCAUUAUUUGUUUUCUAAAGUAAUACAAUCUGACCAUGUACUGUAAA